AAUUCGACCAUCAUAAAUUAUCACCGAACUUCUGGAUUUCGACCGGAAAACGGUUCCGCCAGCGGGCAUCCGUCCACGACCUCUCUCGAUUCUCGCCAUCUUACAGUGCAUUUCCGAUCACAAGUGCCUCUCGAGGCUGCUUCUGCAGACCACAUCACCGAUGCCCGCCAUUGCCGAUAGGGAUUGCCGUUUCCGAUUCCUGAACCCUUAGCAUAUUGACCUUCGAAUGCACCUACACCGCGAGCUGGAAUUUGAUUGCACACACCAAGAGACAGGCCCGCCAUGGAUCGCGCAAGGAGGCAUGAGCUGCGCCAGUUGAACCAGAGGGCCUGGAACGGCGAGAAAGACCUCUUUCCCGUGAGCCAGUCCCUCGAUUCGACCAUGAAGAAAAACACCGCCUUCAUCAAGCGUCUGCGAACCGCCAUAACCCCCGCCACUCUCAGUACCUUCCUUCAAGAGAUCAAAACUGUGAGCCUGUCGAAAUACCUCUCCGAGAUCGUGUCCGCUUGCCAUGAAGGCCUUUGCAAGCUCAAGUCACCGGGCGAGAUUGAGGCCGGCGUCGAGAUUGUUAGCGCUCUCCACCAGCGCUUUGGACCGGCCGACUUUACGUCGUACCUCGGUUGGUACCUCGGGAAAUCGAUGGCCACGCCUGAUAAGAGCGUCCUCAAAGCCCUUUCGCCGGAGGCGAGGGAAAAGGAAGAAAAGGAUCGCCUGGUCAGGCAGCGGGUCUUGCUACGAAUUGUGACCGAGCUGUGGCUUGUUGACGUCCUGCGCACUCUCGAUGACAUCAAGCGUCCGGAUGAUGCCACAAAUGGGACGACUGCCAAGCCGGCGGAGCUGAAGUCCCGGGUAUCCGCCAAAGGGGGUGCUGCCGAGCCGUUUCCCCUCGAGGUUCUAAAAGACCUGCUUGGCCACGACAGGGAACAUGUGAACCUGCCCCUGCUUGUCAUCUUCGUCAAGGCGUUUAGCUGGGAUGUUCUGGGCGUUCGGGCAGCCGGCUCUGAGGGCCGCAAGACGGUCGAGGAGGAUGGAGUAACCAAAGCCGGGAACGGGGCCGAAGACCAAGAGGGCGAGCCUGCGCCUGGAUCCAAAGAUCCCGCCUUCACUCCGCCCGAGCUGCAGGAGCGCUUCCGGAACGUCCUCAAACGCUACUUCGAGGACGUCAAGGCCCACCUUAUCCGGGACCAAAAGGCGAUCUAUGCGCAGUCCCGCAAGAACGCCGAAGCCUACGUCAAGUCGGGCGAAGUGUUUGAGGACCGUCAAGCCAACUUCGAGAAACAGGUCAAGGCUCAGGAGCGCCUUGUUGCCAACGCGCAGGUCAUUGCCGAUGUCAUUGGAGCCGAGAUGCCGGACUUGAAAGACCAGGACGACGCUUCUGCUGGCGCAAACGGCUCAAUCGGCAUUGUCAAGGCCGGAGAGUAUCUGCGUGGUCAAGGAGACGGUGCAGGUAUCUGGGAUGAUGAAGAGGAACGGCGCUUCUACGAAAAUCUCGUGGACUUGCGAGGCAAGGUCCCGAGCAUCCUGCUUGAAGAGGUGAAAAAGAAGAAGCCCGAUGCAGACGAGCAGGUCGGCAAGAAGAUUGACCCUGCAGAGACCGCCGAGGCGCCCAAGCCCGAUGACACUGCUGCGGACGAUCAAUCCGUGGCAAUCGCGAAUAAGACCAUCGGGGCUCAGGUUGACGCGUUGCUCUCCCGGCUUCCGGACCUGAUCACCAAAGACGCCGUUGACCAGACGGCCAUAGACUUCUGUUACCUCAACUCCAAGGCUUCCAGGAACAGGCUCAUCAAGGCAUUGACAGAUGUCCCAAAGGGCCGUGGCGAUCUCCUUCCGUAUUGGUCCAGGCUCGUUGCUACGCUUGGCCAGUACAUGUCAGACAUCCCCAAAGGGCUCGUCGAGUACCUUGAUGCCGAGUUCCGCAGCCUGCAGCGGCGCAAGGACAAGGAAUUCUUGGGCCAAGUGAGGCUCAGCAACAUUCGCUACCUUGCCGAGCUGACCAAGUUUGGCAUUGUUCCGGAGCACGUCGUCUUCCAUUGCCUCAAAGUCAGCCUGGAUGAUUUCUCCCGGAUGAACAUCGAAAUCAUCUGCAACCUGCUGGAGAAUUGUGGGCGUUACCUGCUGCGGAACCCAGAAACCUCGCCUCGUAUGACGACCUUCCUAGAGACCCUCCAGCGGAAGAAGUCGGUGCAGCACAUUGGCCCCGCCGAGAGGAUGCUCAUCGAGAAUGCCGUGUACUAUGUCGACCCGCCGCAACGUCCGGCCAUCCAGCAGAAGGAGCGGACGCCAAUGGAGCUCUUCAUCCGCAAACUCAUCUACUCGGAUCUUACCAAGCAGACCUAUAACAAAGUUCUCAGGCAGAUCCGCAGGCUCCAUUGGGAGGAGAAAGAGGUUGUCGCUGUUCUUCAUAAAGUUUUCUCCAAGCCCGGAAAGGUGAAAUACGGCAACAUCCAUCUCCUAGCCAUUCUCCUCAGCGCCAUCUACAGGUACCAUCCCGAAUUUGUCAUUGGUGUGAUUGACGCUGUGAUUGAGUCAAUCUCCCUCGGUCUGGAGAUCAACGACUUCAAGUUCAAUCAGCGCCGUGUCGCCGAAGUGAAGUAUCUGGGAGAGCUAUACAACUACCGGAUGCUCGAGCACCCCGUCAUUUUUGAUACCAUGUACAAGAUCAUGACCUUCGGUCACGGCGGGCCGCCGGUUCCCGGUCGCAUCAACCCCUUCGAUCAGCCCGACGACUACUUCCGCAUUCGCCUGAUCUCUACCAUUCUAGAGACUUGUGGGAUGUUCUUCAACAAAGGUGCCGCAGGAAAGAAGCUGGACUACUUUCUCUCCUUCUUCCAGUACUACAUCCACACCAAGAAUCCAUUGCCAAUGGACAUCGAGUUUCUCGUCCAGGACAUCUUCGCCCUGACCAGACCUCAGUGGAAGUUGGCGUCGAACGUGGAGGAAGCCACCAAAGUCUUUCAGCUCGCCAUUGUUCAGGAUCAGAAGACUUCUGGUCUCGACAAGGCUGUGGAACAGGAAGAUGGAACGAGUGGAGCGAGCACUGACGAUGAGGAGGCCGCGGCGGAGCAGGAUGAGGACGAGGAGUCGGGCUCCGAGGAAGGCGAGGCCGAAGCUGAGGAUGCUGACCAGAACCCGUCAUUCCGCGAUGACGAGUCGGAGGAUGAGGCCAUUGUCGUCACUAGGGAGGAGGAAGAGGUUGAUCCCGAAGAUGAAGCUGAUUUUGACCGUGAGUAUGCGAAGAUGAUGGCGGAAAGCCUCGAGACGCGCAAAUUCCAGCCCAAGCAGCAAUUCGACAUACCGCUGCCGGUUCGGCCUAAGAACCGCGAUGUGCCAAGCGGGAGCGAACCCGCCGAGAGUGGUCCCGGUACCCCAGGCGGAACGAUGGCCUUCUCUCUGUUGACGAAGAGGGGAAACCGCCAACAGACGCGGACGGUUGAACUGCCCUCGGACUCGAACUUUGCCGUGGCCAUGAUCAAUCAGCGGCAGGCAGCGAAGGAAGAACAACAGCGUAUCAAGAACCUGGUGUUGAACCUCGAUCUGCGGGAGAAUGAGGAGCAUGAUGGUGAAGAGAACUUGACCCCCUACGGCCCUCACAGCAAUAUUCAUCAGAUCUCUGCAGGACCCGAAAAGCCAGCUUCGCAUCACCACCACAAUCGGCCUGAUAAUCGGUCGGGCAAGGAGCGCGGACAGCGAGUCCGCAAGCUCCAACUCAGCGACGUCGACUGCGAAAGCAAGUGCCUUCUGCUGCUGAGGGGCAUCCCAAACGCUCGGCUCCCAAUCACCGGAGGCGCAAUGUUUGGCAACUGCCCGCCCGUGACGUGCCCACGAAGGAAAGGAAGCAUGACUAGCAUUUGUCGCAUGCAUCUUCCUGAGCUGUGGGCAACCGCCGAGAACUACCAACCUCCGGUAGAUCACAGCGAUGGGCAACGCAUCGUUAGCAAGAAGUUUUCUAACAAGGGCCGCAUUGGACGGCAAGAUCAUAGGACCUGA